GAGCAUAAGGUCUGGAAAUUGUUUAACUGGUUAAGAGGAUCCUGGCCUGUAAUACAGGGACAUAGCGACUUCAGUAAAGCCAGUAAUAAGGUUUCUGCUUACCGUAAUUAUAAGUUACUGCAGGAUAAAACUAUUGUAUUCAAUGCGUCACAAUCUAAGGAUUUUAAUAAUAAGCUAGGUAAAGAAGAAGUCUAUAGUAAUGACGAAGAUGAAGAUACUGAUUCGAUGUUCGGAUAUGACGAGGUUGACCGUAACAGCUCUGAGGUUAUAGGUAACCAAGCCGAAGUCAAUAAGAACCGCCAUGCUGACCGAGCUUCGAAGAUGCAGGAUAAGUCUAAUAUGGCGAUUUUUAUUAAGUUUCUUAAACUUUUAUAUUAG